AUGUGGAAACUUAUAAUAUUUAUCAGUAUCUUAUGUGCAGCUGCGCUUACUAUUGAAGAGAAUAAAAAUAUACCGAAAAAUGAAAACGAAGAUUUUGUUUCAUUGAUCGGCAAAAUACUGGAAGCUCAUGAUGAAGAACUGGAAGUUCAAAAUGUUAAAGGAUUAGAUAUUGUGGAAGCGUUUAUCAAUGCAUAUUGCAAUUUAAGACCAACAGCAAGACUGUGCAGAAGAGUGACUACUCCAGGUAUUUUUAUAAUUUUAAGGAAAGGAGUUAAUACUUUGAAAGUUUAA